ACACGGCGCACCGAGCAGUCGGUUUCGACGCCGUACGUCAUCUGACGCAGACACCACUCUAGGAGCGCAACCCACAGAAAAAAAAAAAAAAACGAUGGGCGAAUGGGACUUCCUGGGCCGCCUGCUGGACAAGGUGCAGACCCACACCACGGUCAUUGGGAAGGUGUGGCUCACUGUCCUGUUCGUCUUCAGGAUCCUGGUUCUCAGCACCGGGGCGGAGAGGGUGUGGGGGGACGAGCAGUCCGGGUUCGUCUGCAACACACAGCAGCCUGGCUGUACGAACGUGUGCUACGACCACGCCUUCCCCAUCUCCCACAUUCGCUUCUGGGUCAUGCAGAUCAUCUUCGUUUCCACACCGACCCUCUUGUACUUGGGCCACGUCUUGCACGUCAUCCACAAUGAGAAGAAGAUGUGGCAGAAGGUGGAGAAGCAAUCCCAAGAUGAAUGCAGCGGCUUAAUGGUCAGAAAAGGCUUCAAGAUGCCCAAGUACACCAGCAACACAGGCAAGGUCAACCUUCACGGCCGUCUGCUGCAGAGUUACCUGGCAAGCGUGUUUAUUAAAACACUGCUUGAGGUGGCCUUCAUCGUAGGCCAGUACUACCUGUAUGGCUUCACUCUAGAGCCUCGCUACGUCUGCAGGCAGUCCCCUUGUCCUCACCAGGUGGACUGCUUCCUGUCCAGGCCCACCGAGAAGACCCUUUUCAUCUGGUUCAUGCUGAUAGUGGCCUGUGUGUCCGCCCUCCUCAACCUGAUUGAAAUCGUCUAUCUUUGCAUCCGGACAGUCCACAGGUGUGUGGAUCGGAGGAAAGACUAUAUGGUGACAGACGCCACCCCGAUCCUGGAGAGGAAAGAGUUUAAAAACAAGGACCAGGUGAUCCAGAACUGGAUGAACAUGGAACUUGAGCUCCACGGGAGGAAGCUGGCCAGCGGCCUCACCAAGAGCCUGGCCUCAGAAGACAACACCGCCAUUCUGGAGGAGGUCCAGAUCUAAGCAGCUAGUGUACAACGGUUGUAAACCGGUAGAUUAAAACAUGGUUCGGCAUGACCAACCCGCACACGGAAACCAGUCAUUCAUUGAAAGGAUUAAGAAGAAUACAUUGUAUGCCGGUUAUUUCUUUACUUAUAU